CUCCUCCUCCUCCCCCUCCGCAGGGUGGCCAUGUGCGUGGGGACCUGCAGCCGGAUCGUGGGGCCCUGCCUGCUGGUGCUGGGCACCUUCUCCAUAGCAGCCAACAUCCUCCUGCUCUUCCCUGGGGGGGCAGCCAAGUACCUGCUGGAGGGACAUAUCACCAAACACGCCGGGAUCCUGCCGGGUGUCUGGGGCGGAGGUGUCACCGUGCUGCUUGCUGCAGCCCACACCACAGCAGUGGGCUGGAGAUGUGCUUCGUGUUCCGACUGCGGCACCCGGCGCAAUGCUUUCAUCUCUGCCGUGCUCUCCAAGCUGGCUCUCCUGGGUGCUGCUGCCUGCUUUGUCCUCUCUGGGGUGGGUUUAACCAACGGACCCCUCUGCUUCUACAACGCCUCUGAGAAUGGCUUUGGACAUCACCCCCUCUGGGGUUACCCCUUCCUGGAGGCUGGGGGCCAGGAGACAGACCCCAGGGCAAGCAGCUACCUGCGGGAUCGCGGCACCUGGAGCAUCUGCCUGGAGCCGGCGGGCGUCGUGUCCUGGAACAUCGCCCUCUUCUCCCUCCUGCUGCUCAUCAGCGCCGCGGAGAUGGUGCUGGCCUCCAUCCAGAUCCUGAACGGCUGCCUCGGGUGUCUCUGCGGCUUCUGCGAGGGGAAGUAG